AUGACUGAGCAACACUACAACCCUAUUCUCUACCAAGCCCUUAACAACGGCCCCAACCAGGUCUACUCGCCUGCCCAGUCCUCGCCUGCGUCCCUGGUCGGAACCCCCGCCAACUCUGGAUACCAUAUUGGACAUGGUAUGGCGAUGUACAAUGGCGGAGUGCCUCGUUACCCUGUCCAGAUGAACUUAGCCCAAAAGUUUCAACAGCAACAACAGCAGCAACAGCAGCAACAGCAGCAGCACCAGGCAUUGACCCACCAGCAUUUACAGCAGCAUAACCACCACCAGAACCAGAUGCGUCAACAAUCGGGUCUGUCCUCUCCCGCAACUAUCCCGGCCGCGUUGACUCCCCAGCUCGGUGCCGGCUCGACCCAUUAUCAGCAGCAAAUUCACUAUGCCAGCGUCUCGCGUCAGUCUGCCACGCCUCACUACCGCGCCAGAGCUGCGGCCGCGGUGGCAAGGAGCUCUGGACUGAGCUCGGCUAUCACCAUUACAGAUCCCAACAACCCCUCCAAGGCCGGGGCAGUCAAUGGCGAAGGCGCAGACAAGACAGGAAAUGCCACGGCGCCCAACCUUCAGCAGUGGACUACACUGGAUCUUGGUGGCAUGGGUCUCAAGAACAUGAGUCGCGAGUUGUUCCAGUAUGCAUUUUUGACCGCCCUCUACAUCAACCACAACAACCUGCAUCUCCUCUCGCCCGAGAUCAGCCGACUGACAAAGCUGACCAUUUUGGAUGCGUCUGGCAACAAACUGACAUCCGUGCCACCAGAGAUCGGCAUGCUGACCAACCUCAAGGAGCUCUUGUUGGUCGACAAUGGACUUGUGACCCUGCCUGCAGAGAUGGGCACGCUGUACCAGCUGGACAUCUUGGCGCUGGAAGGAAACCCUUUGAACGAGAGUCUCAAGAACUUGUUGCAACAGGAAGGCACUGGAGCCGUGAUUAAUUACCUCCGCGAGAACUGUCCUGUUCCCCUGCCACCUCCUGAGAGAGAAUGGAUCCCGCUCGAGGACAACACCUCAUCGACAAACUCGGACACCUUCACGACCUUUUGCUACAACAUCCUGGCGGAGAACUAUGCCACCCCUCAGAUGUACGGCUACACUCCUUCUUGGGCCCUCACAUGGGAGUACCGCAAGGAGCUUAUUCUCCAGGAGAUUCUUGCCUACAGCGCCGACAUUGUCUGUCUUCAGGAACUUGAAAUGGGCCAAUACGAGGAUUACUUCAAGGAGCAGAUGAAGCAGCAGGCGGAUUACGACAGUGUCUUCUGGCCAAAGUCGCGUGCAAAGACUAUGCCCGAGAAGGAUCGCAGGAUUGUCGACGGUUGUGGCACCUUCUUCAAGGCAUCCAAAUUUACCUUAAUUGAUAAGCAUCUUGUCGAGUUCAAUCACAUUGCCCUGCAAAGACCCGAUUUCAGGAAGACUGAGGAUAUUUUCAAUCGUGUGAUGACCAAGGAUCAGAUUGCAGUUAUCACCCUUUUGGAGCACAAGGACACCAAGAACAAGGUUGUUGUUGUCAACACUCACGUCUACUGGGACCCGCUUUUCAAGGAUGUCAAAUUGGUUCAGGUGGCAAUGAUGAUGGACGAGCUCGACAAGCUGUCGACUCAAUGGGCCCAUCUCCCAGUAUCCGGAUCAAACGCGCCUCCUUCCAACCCGACUGGAAAGCUUCCCACCCUUAUUUGUGGAGAUUUCAACUCUGAGCGACAUUCGGGAGUUUACGAGUUCUUGGUAAAGGGAGCGAUCACCCAAGGACACGACGAUUUUGGAGAUCAUGCCUACGGAACCUAUACCUCAGAAGGUCUUUCCCACAAGAUGUCGCUUCGCUCUUCGUACAGUGACGGUGUUGAGCUGCCAUUUACCAACUUUACGCCUACGUUCGCAGCCGAGAUCGACUACAUCUUUUACUCGUCCAACUUCCUGUCUGUCUUGGGUCUGCUGGGUGGUGUUGAAAAGGAGUACAUGAGUCGAUGUGUUGGAUUCCCCAAUGCACAUUUCCCAUCUGACCACGUCCCUAUCCUGGCCGAGUUCAAGUUCCGCUCUCAGGUUACUUUGCCCAAGGGAGCCGCGACACCCAACUUUGGAGCCACUGGCUCCAACAACUCCAACAACAGCAACAGUAACCACAACAACCACCGAAACAGCCACUCCAAGUAA